AUGGGUCUCGCGUUUUCCAAGAUUUUCGACAAGCUGUGGGGGAAGAAGGAGAUGAGAAUCCUGAUGGUCGGUCUCGAUGCCGCCGGUAAAACCACGAUUCUCUACAAGCUCAAGCUCGGUGAAAUCGUCACGACCAUUCCCACCAUUGGCUUCAACGUCGAGACGGUCGAGUACAAGAACAUCCAGUUCACCGUCUGGGACGUCGGUGGCCAGGACAAGAUCCGCCCUCUCUGGAGGCAUUACUUCCAGAACACCCAGGGCAUCAUCUUCGUCGUCGACAGCAACGACCGCGACCGUAUCGUCGAGGCCCGUGAGGAGCUCCAGCGCAUGCUCAACGAGGAUGAGCUGCGCGAUGCCAUCCUGCUCGUCUUUGCCAACAAGCAGGAUCUUCCUAACGCCAUGAACGCCGCCGAGAUCACCGACAAGCUUGGUCUUCACAGCCUGAGACAACGCGCUUGGUACAUCCAGUCUACCUGCGCCACGUCUGGUGACGGUCUGUACGAGGGUCUCGAGUGGCUCGCCACCACCCUCCGUAAGGCCGGUCACCAGUAA